AUGAGCGACGCUUUUGAUAUCACAAAAACGUAUCUCCAGUUUUUGGAAGAUGAUAGAGAUUUGACAAUGCCCAUCGCAGCCAUCGAGUCGCUAGUCACUAUGCUCAGAGUUAAGCAGCCUUCCACAUCGUCAGAAUUGAUCAACUUGGUCAAGUCUAACAUCGACACGUUGAAGUCGUCUAUUCCCAACGCCAUUUCGCUUUCAGCUGGUUGUGAUUUGUUCAUGAGAUUUGUAUUAAGAAACACCAACUUGUAUUCUGACUGGGAGUCUUGUAAGAAGAACUUAGUGGAAAAUGGCCAGCUUUUCGUUCAAAGAGCCAAAGAAUCGAGAAACAAACUGGCUGAAUAUGGUCUUCCUUUCAUCAAGGAUGAUGAUACCAUCUUGGUGCACUCGUUUUCACGUGUAGUAUAUACGUUGUUGAAGAAGGCUAAGACCGAGCGAUUAGUUCGUUUCAGAGUCAUAGUCACGGAGUCCAGACCUACUGGUUUGGGAUUCUACAUGGCCAAAAAGUUGCGUGAAGCCGAGAUACCAGUGGAAGUAAUAGUAGACAACGCAGUAGGGUACAUUAUCCACAAAGUCGACAAGAUAUUGGUUGGUGCUGAGGGCGUAGCUGAAAGUGGAGGAAUCAUCAACCAUAUUGGUUCGUACCAGAUCGGAUGUUUGGCCAAAGUCAACAACAAGCCUUUCUAUGUAGUCACUGAGUCACACAAAUUCGUCAGAUUGUUCCCAUUGGCUCCAAACGAUUUACCAACCAGUGUCAGAAACCUUUUGUCAGAAGCUGAUGAAAAGGAAAAGAACCCAGACGACCAAAGCAUAUUGAACGAGCACAAGCUCGACUUUACUCUGCAUGAAUAUAUCACUGCAUUGAUCACUGACUUGGGAGUAUUGACGCCGUCAGCUGUGUCUGAGGAGUUGAUCAAGGUGUGGUACGAUUAG